GGAAGUAGUUCGAGUGCAUCUUCCUUUGGCGGUGGAACGGGGAUAGCAGCCGAGCGGAGUACGUCGAGCAGCACCGGCAACGCGCGCUUGCGGGGCGCGACUCCGACAAGAGGCGGCUCUUCAGCACUCAGGCCUCCAGGCGGUGCAUACUCCAAAGCGUCGGGUGGGCCUGCAGGCUCGACCGUACGACCUGGAACACCUCGCCGCAACUUCUCGGCGCCACAGCGGGCUACCGGAGUUGGCAAUAAUAGCACCACCGGAGCAGGUGGGACCGCCGCAGGGGGAGGCGCUUCGUCAAAUGCUGCUGGGGAUGCAUCCACCACAACGAACCAGAAAGGAACUUUUGUUCCACGACAUUCUGGCGAGCAACGGCGUAUACGGCAAUCAGUCGCUGGGGAUGCUACUGCUGGUAAAAAUGGUAUCUAAGUAUGCUAGCUCUUCAUAAGUUGCGGAUGAGUUUUCAAAGUUUCAUCGUUUUGUCGGAGCUUGUAGCCAAUGCGUAGAGUAAUCUUUAUUCAGAUGCGGGCAAUAAUUUCGGAUUUGCUCCUCACCCUCACGAACGCGAUCAAUAAAUUAAAAUAAUCAACAAGCAUUACCAAUCCCAAUUUCGAUGAGGUGGAUCGAGCAGCAGCAGCAGCACAGCCCAGGGCUCCGCCUCAUCGGGAGCUCCUGGUAUGCUAUCGCAAGUCGGGAGUGCCAUCCGAGAAAGCCUUUUCGGGAGGAAUAAGCUUCGAAAUAGCGCAGAUGGCUCAAUCGCAACACAUGGCGGAACGGGUAGAAGCCGCAAUCAAACGCCGGAACCAGGUACGACGGAUGUAUCUGCAAAGAACAAGAGGCAGAGGUACUGCUUUAGAUGAAACGAUGUGGUCUGAAGAUGUCGUAGUUGUUUUUUUAGGCACAUGCUCUAGCUCUACGACGGACCAAUCUUGAAGCUCGUUCUUGUCAGGGAACUCCGAAUCUGCUCUAGUUGUACGUGAAGAAAAGAAGUUCAUACUUUCUAUCGACUUGUUACUAUGCUGAUACCUCGUCUUCUCCAUUCUUGAUACAGUGCGGCACACAACGCAACUUCUUCUACAUCAUAUUCGAACGAAAACGACGCCGUAUUUCGCGGUCUGCGCGCGCGUGAACGAGAACAGCAUACUCGCAUUGCGAGUCUCCAGGGCAAACUAGCUGAGAAAGAAGCAGGAAGUAACGAGCUCACAUCGCGUCUCCGAAAAACAACAGCCGAACUACAAAUGCGAGAUGAAUCUUUGAUGCAGAGUCAUGAGGACAUGUCAAAAUUGAGGCUAGACAUUCACGAGCUACGACGAGAGAACAGCUUUUUAUCGGAAAAAGUGCAGAAUCAGGAGGCGGAAAUACAGCGGUUGCGCUCAAUGCUAGACCUGCAUCACAGCGGAGCUGGACAAAGCUCCACCAGCGCCGGCAGUGGCACAACUGCUAUGCAGCACGGUAGAAACCAAAUACGUGGAGGGAAUGCAUCAAGUCGCGAGCUAAGCGGUUCACGAAACACACUGCCGCAUUCGUCUCACAGCGGUUCCAAAGUGAAUGUGCUUUUCAGUGGCGACAGCACGAGCAAUAGUGGAGCACCGUCUGGCGACGAGCAGCUCAGUGUUAAAGGUGCAGCAGGUGUUUAUAGUAAGCACGCUAAUCCGACAGGCAUCGGUCCUCAAAAGACAAGAAAUUACGGUUUCGCCGCGCCACCUCGUGGAACGAGGAGUGGCCCCCCUGAUGACCAAAACGGUUGCAAUUCUACGUCCAAUGGAGCUACAGUUAUCGAAGAUGACGACGAUUGUUGGGACGAACGUAUUGAGGACAGUCCAGAGCCUGAUGACGUUGAGAAUCCCGAACCGAUCACCAGUGGAAACGGUCUUAGCAUUAUGGUCUAGCAGUGGAAGAGUCGCGCUGUCUCUCCAAAGUCUUUGGAACUGAUAAAAGCAUUGCGUUUAAUACUUUCCAGCAGACCUACCCAGAUGUACAAAAAGUGUAUUCCUUUCUCUAAUAAUCGUGGAACAACGCGCAGCUUUGGUCUUAGGGGUGGCGUGCUCCCGUCUGGGCAGAUGCCCUUAGGCAGCUACAGCAGUGGCGGAGGAGGAGAUAGAAGUAGAGGAGCCUCUACAUUGUUUAACAGUGGCAGUACCAGUAGUAAUCCCUUUCUGAAUGUGUCAUCGCAGCAACAAAUGGGGGGAGGGGCGCGAAGGAUGUCUUCCGCUGAGCGGGCUCAGCAAGCAGUUGCGCGAAGCUGGGACAGUAGAAAUCUCAGUCGGAGUGGAAGCAUCGCAAGUUUGCGUGGUGGAGGUCCUAACGCAGGUAGUGGUUCUGCACUCCCCUCGCCAACCGUUAAGGCAAAGUUUAUAAUCCAAACUACUUGCUGUUGCUAACAUGAUUCGGUCGUGCGACUGCCAGUUUUUUUAUUGUUCGUUUCGUACAUUACAGCUCCCGCAUAAAGAUGACAUCAAACAAUGGCCGUUGUAUCUAUUGAAAUCACAGGAAGACCAUGUUCAUCUCUAAUGCCGACGGCGCCAUACCGCCAAGCGGAACAAACCAGUUGCUCCCAGCCUCCGGGAACAUCGGGUCUACCACUUCUACCUCGUCAAGCAUGUCCCUCUCCUCCCCCCAGUAUAUGAGCAAUGUUGACACUAGCCUCGGCAUAGCGCCUGUGAUAAUGUCUUCAACUUUAUUGUCGACCGAAAACAUCGACAUGCAGCACCAGGUUGGGGUAGGAGGAGACCAUCUUCAAAAGGAACAGCAAAACUCUAACAACCUCGAACUCAAUGAUCAAAGCCUGAAUCAAGACUUGCUUCACAACUCGCGGAACCCAUUCUUGCUCUCACAAGAAAAUGACGAGCUUUUUGGACCAGGCGGUCCCCAUACAGACAGGCACGUCGUUACAUCUGGCACCUCUGGUACAAUGGGAGCGUCAAUGAUUAACAAUCAGCAUCAGCAACAUGUCAAUGUCAAUCUCCAAGUAGGUUCUGGCUCACCAGACCAGGAUGGCAUGGAUCUCGUCAGUGACUGGCCGUCAUCAGAUAAAAAUAGUUCUCCGCUUGUGAUCGAUCCUCCUCAAGGAGCAACUGUAGGUGACAAUACUACUAGCAGUAACACCGACUUGAACUUCGCGAGUGCAAAUUCAAGUAUGAACAAGAUGAACACGACAUCAACCUCGUCUCCACAAUACCAACAGCAUCAUCAUCUGGGCGGGGCUAGUGGUCGUGUCGGGAGCAUUCGAGAACAAUUUUCAACGAGAUCGUCGAGCAACAAGACCUCUUUCAAACCUUUCGGUGGCGCAAUCUCUCAACAACUACAACAACAAGAGCGGAGGCAGAGUGACUCCUUCCAUGAUGUCGAUUCAGAUGCUGAAAUGGAGGAAAGCAAAAAUACCCUCUCGUCCUCGGGUGGAGCAGGAGCUGCUCAUCGGGGAAUAUCGCCGUCAGCCGGAGGAGGCGCUUUCAACAGUUCUUCUUUUAUUCUGGGACAUCACAUAACAUAGAAGACAUGAAGCAAGAUGUGAUCUCAUUUUCGGAGGUUGUCUGACGAGCAAUUGCUUCACUCCGUCCCCACUGCUCACGUUUUUACUUAUUUAUAUUUAAAUUACUAUCAAGGAACACCUAUGAGUAAACUAGUAUAUAUACGUCCUAUUUCUCGCGCUGUGCACUAGUUUGGUGAACCGGUACCCUGGAGCGAACUAGUGGGUGCACAUAGCGCGAGAGCCGAGCACUUCUCUGAGGCAAGCACAGGCCUCGGCCGCCUCUGAUGAGAAGACCUCCAGGGCUGUUGGACGACACGCGGCGCCUAGAAUAGACGGAUCCUACUUAGCUUGGCCAUUACUAUAAUUCUGUACUUAUAUACCUUUUACCUAACCUUGACUGGAGUGCGAGCCGGUAAAAAGAAAAAGUGGAUAGCAGAUCACAUCUGCUACACCUGAUAUAUAUAGCGCUCGAUACCAGAGUUUGCGCUCUGAUCAGAGAAGGGGCAGCCUGUGGACUAGCGCAUCUAGAAGUUAUAUAGAUAUACAAAGGGACAUUGCAUAUUAUUAUGUUAGCUAAUCUAAGCUUUUAGUUGGUCUUGUGGAGCUCCUUGGAGUUACUGAGGUGUGAGCUAGCACCUACGAGACCUCAGUAACAUCCCUAUCCAAGGCGCUCGCGAGCACCCCCCUCCUUGGCAUUGUGAUCCUGCCGGGGGACCUCGUAGGCUGCAACAAGACUAACUUAGGAUUUAACUGGAUCCAUAUUUCAUCUUUGAUGGUUUUUGACCCUUCUUUUUUCAUGCAUUGGCUUGGUUUUUCUUUCUCGUCUUCCUUUACUUGCUGUACCUUUGUUUUCCUGAUUCCUUGUUUUUUUGUUUGCUUAAAAACGCCAAAUAGAGACACAAACCUUUGGAUCACACAAUCACAAAAAUGGUUUCCUAAAAGUGUUAAGAUCAACACUUGGUUGCAUGCUGUUGGUUCAAAGUAAUUAUAGAGGAUCCAUCCGCCGAAACUGCCGCAGACCUCACCUCAAUUAGCUCCUCCACGUGACGCUGCUCAACCUGUACAUCCACAUCAAGAAUAGGGUUAGUAAUGAAGCACGUAAUUAUUAUAUUUAUAUUUAUAUAUGUUCCAGGGCGCGGGGCGACGCCCCCCCCCCUAGCGGGGGGGGGGGGGCGGGCGCCCUGGACCCCUUUUUGAGGCGUCUGCCGGGGAGGGAAGGCCGCAAAAGGGCGCCAAGGGGCUACCCCCGGUCCCUUCCCGGCGCUUUGUGUCCCCUGGAGGCCGAAGAAGUAGGUGGAAGGCCGAGCUUUGUGCCCCCUGGAGGCCUGGGAAGGAGGUGGAAGGCCCCUCCGUUCGGCCCUGAGUCAUAUAUAAGUUAGUAGAAAUAUGUAUAAUAUUAAUAUAUGACUAUCGUCGAGCAUGUCCUCAAACGAGACUCAGGGAAGUCGUAGGUCCAAUCCGGAUCGACUAACGCCGUCAGGACUAUCGAGCACUGUGCGUAGACAUAGACAGAUAGCAACUUAUUACGUAAGCAUUCUCAGCAGCCGCCACGUCUAGUGGGCCAGCUUUAAUACUUACAAUCGUGAAGAGCGGCAGCUCGAUCUUGGGACGGGAGGGAUUGUAGGCGGCGAGACGCCAUCGAGCGGACAACUAAAUGGGAGCGGCCGACGCAUUAGUAACCUCAAGCCGCCAGCGUCCCUCACUUCUCUCACGAUGACGGAACUUAAGGCACGACUCAAAGAAAAAGGACUAAGUACUGCUGGCAGAAAAGAUAUUCUCGUCGAGCGGCUGCAAAGGAUUAAGUAUUAAUAAGACAUUGUAGUCUGUGUCCGAGUACUUUCAUUUCAUGGAAAAUAUCAAUGGAUGCAUUUUUAUUAAUUUUCAGGAAAAUUUAUUCGCUGAUCAUGUAGCCGGGGAGCAUUGGGGGUAGUGCUAUUACGAGUUCUACUGUUUAAUAUAGCCAGUGUAUCAUAGUUCAUGUAGGUAAGCACUGAUUUUUCUAGAUCCACCUAGCCGGAGGCUGAUGAACUGAGUAUAAUCCAGGACUUCCAUCAAUUUCGACUUUGGUCUGCCGUCGUAUAGCAUCCUGCCUUGGAUAUUAUGGACCUAGUGAGUCGAUGAUGAUAUUAAGCUUAAGUUCUGACUCUGCAUAUACCACAACGCAAUCAAAUUAAUUUACUCGAGCAUCAAUCAUUUGUAUAUUUUGCUGCACAUGCUCAAAGAAAGAAAAAAUCACAUCCAGUAUCUCUUCUAUCAAGUAGAAACGACAUGAGCAUCACGAGCAUGUGCGCUUGCGUCUUGCAUGG